UGCUUACUUCACAAAAGGUUCAAAUAUUUGAUGUAUCUGUAUAUUAUCAGCGAUAUUGUUUGUACGGCAAGAAUUUUUUGACCGUUUUCUAAGAAGAAGGCAUGUUUUCUGUCGAAGAACCCGAACAAGACAUUCAACCGGGAACAGUUUUGGACGUAACGCUAAUACGAAAGGCAGGUAUGUCAGCCUCACCCCACAUAUUUGGCCUAGUUGUUAGUUUUUAGUCUAAUUAAUUCUGACUUCCACUUUAUAGUAAGCUGAUAAUAAACCUUAUGUCAAUUUAUCUGAUAUAUUACAAAUAUUUUCUGUUUCAAGAUACAUUAAAAUUAAGUAUAUAUGAUAUAAUUUGGCAUUAUAUGUUCUAGUAAAACAGCAAGUUUACAAACAUAAACAAUAAUUUGGCAUUGAUCUCAAUGUUUCGACUGAACCGACAUUUUACUGGAUAGAUUAUCAACCUCUAAAUGUAGUCUUUUCUCCACAGAGGUGUUUUACAGUUUUAGUUUAUUUACGGUUUUAGUUUAUUUACGGUUUUAUUCUAUUUACGGUUUUAGGUUAGGGGCCACAUCCAUAUUCAUGUUGCCACGCAUAACGUCGAAUCGACGUUAUCACCAGUACCCACCCACCUCAGAUAACGUCGAUCGUUACCCUGUCGUAUUUUGACCACUAAAAGAGCUCAAAAUCAAAAUGGCAAAAGUGCCUCUUAUAAAAUAUGGGAAGUUUUAUAGGAUAUGUUUUACUAUUUUCGUACUAACUAUUCGUCUCACAAAAAAAUGUCGCGAUUCGCGUACACAAGUUGACGGGUAAUUGACACGAAAAAAUGUUGCUUCAAUACUUAGACCUUUGUAUUGGCCUAUAUUAGUUGAAAAUAAUAUAUUAAUACUGGCAAAAAUUGCACGGCAAACAUUAAAUUUUUAAAUUUCGGUCUGUUGUGAUGUAAACAGUCAAAUUGCCACGAGAUAACGUCGAGGAGUUGACGUUAAAAACCCACCUACCCAUAAUGUCGAUUCGACGUUAUGCGUGGCAACAUGAAUAUGAUGGAAGUGGCCCCUUAACAUACAGACUAUAUACCUGGAAAAUGUAGGAAUCUCCCCCGCAAUCACAAUAACCUGCAUACCUUGCAUUUUCUAGGUAUAACAACAUUAGAAUUAACCUUUUAAGCGGCAUUGCACCCUGAUGCACUCUACUUUAUUGUUUUACUCUGUCUAAUGCCAGAUGAUUUUACUCGUCAAGGGGAGAGUGCUGAUGCUGAAAUGGGUUAAAAACAAAAUUCUCAUUUCUAGGCGAGGGUUUCGGUUUAAAUAUUGUUGGUGGAACAGAUUCAAGAGAGUUUGGAAACAAUACCAGUAUCUUUAUUUCCUCAAUAAACACAUACGGUCCUGCUAUUGCUUGCGGACAGUUAGAUGUUGGCGAUCGAUUGUUACAGGUUUGAAUAUACAAUCAGAAUUUCAAUGCUAUUCUUAAUGAACUGAAUAUGCACAUGUCUCUCAAAUCUCUUUCCUGGGUUUUUCACCCCCCCCCCCUCUUUAAGUAUGUCAAACACCCUUUUGAUUGUUCCAAACCCCUUUCCCCCUCUUGGGUUAUAUCAACCCCCUCUUUGGUUAUAUCAACCCAUCUCCCUUUGGCCCAAAGUUUGGGUAUUUCAAUUUGAGUUAUUACAACUCCCCCUGGGUUAUUUCACCCUUCCUACAGCUGUGCAAACUCCGGCGGUCAAAACUCCGGCUCCUGCUCCGGCAAGGAAAUUUCAUAUUUAAAAGUAGAAGCAGGCGAAAGUAUUUCAGUGUAAUUUCAGUUGAGCUUUCUUUUUUACUUAUCAAAUAUAGUAUGUGCUUUGGUGCUUGUUUAAACAAUGUUUUGUUGAAAGUAAAACCGUAUGGCAGCAUGGUAUUUUUGCCCAAAAUACAUCGAGGUCAGCAGAUUUUUGUAUCAAAAGCGAUGGCAAUGCACUUGCAGAAUUUUUGAAGCCACGGAUCGGAGCAAGUAAUUAAACUUUAUAGUAACUUCAAAUCAUUCAACUUAAUUUUUCUAUUAAUUACCAAAAGUUCAUUGAAAUAUGAAAUAAUUUUUCAUAAUUUUGUCUGCUGGAGUUUUCCAGCUCCGGCAAAAUAUGCUGGGCUCCGGCACACAGCUCUUCCCUCCUCUUGGAUGAAAUUUCAACCACCCUCUUGCAUUCGUUGAACACUCCUCUUUAUGCAUUCUUCCCCUAACAAGAACUGUGUACACCCCUCUUCAGAUAUUGUAAAUAUCAUCAAUUAGUUUUUGGUGUUUAGAUAAAUGACUUUAGUUUACUUGAAGUAACACAUUCAGAAGCUGUGGAUGCAUUCCGAAAAGCUGGCACAUCCAUAACACUGACAAUAGAAAAAUUUGCUCAACAAUUAUUGGUUGUAAGUAUCGUGCUUUCAUGUCUAUAGGCUGGUUAAUCAAAGUGCUGUGAUCACAGUAGGAAUUUUUCAUACUUAGGCAUUCAAUGGGCAAAAAUACAUGUUUAUUUCCAGGCUCAACUUUCAACAGACAAUGUAUCAUGUGGUGCAACAUUUGGAGAACGAGUGAAGAACUUUAUAAACUCCUGGGCUGGGGCAGUCCUCAUAGGAACGAGUACUGGUGCACUUGUCAUGUAUACAGUGUCCAAAUUUUGGAAACAUAAUUUGAAAUAAACCUGGUAAACAUUGCUGUCAAAUAUAUUCUCAUGAUAUUAUACUUUUAAUUGAUACUUUUAACAACUCAAACAUAAUAUAUUUUGUAUAUAUUAAUUAUUCAUUUAUUUUAACCAGAUGUAUUUUUUUUGGUUUGGGCUUUCAUUUAGUAACUUGUACGACAGAAUCAGAAACUGCCGGAAAAGCAGUGUCAACUUGUGCACCUGUGUUUAAUUAAUGCCUUGUGAUUAUGCUUAUUUCAUGCUAAUUUACAUGGAUGAAAUAAAUAGCAUAUUUAUUUCACCUGGAUGAAAUAAAAAGCACAAGAGUUUUCUUUGUGAAUAGUUUCACAACUGAUUCACAUGCUUGUUUCAUCAUGUGAGACAGGCUUUUACGAUUGACUUGAGCAGUACACUUCUGAACUGUGUGUUCAAAGUUAGACUUUGUCUAGUGCUUUGACCACAGUGUGGCUGUGGAAAAUACUUCUCUUGAUUGUCAAUACUUUGUAGUGCAUAAUAUUACAGUUAUGUUUAUAGCUCAGUGGACUCUCGUCAUAAGAGACCUGGGUACUAGUUACAUAACUAAUAAUAGUAUGCACUAUUUUGACCAAUUAAAUAUUGGUUUAUUUUCGCACGCACAAUUGAGCGUACUUGGUUUUUAGAGAUUAUUUUUAUGUAUACUAAGGAUCUGGAUUUAUAUACGGUAGGAACCUACCUCAUAUAAACACAUUUUGUGGUUGGUUUUCUAAAACAAAAGUGUCCAGUGUUUAUGAUUGAUAUAGUUUGUCUGUGUUUGAUUAUAGUUUGUCUUUUAUUGUCCUAACCAAUCAAUCACAAAGGCUGUUCAUAUAGGUAGGUACUGACCCAUUAUAUAUAGGUGAUUAAUUUUGUAAUAAAUUAAAUGUUAUAUUAUCCAUGUCAUCCGAGUGUAAUUUCUGGUUUCACUGUUUACAAUAAAGAGAAUGUACGCUUUACGUACCUAUUUUUUUAUUUCCAAGAUUUAUUCGUACACAUUUACAAUUCGAGGUCGAAUAUUGAAACAAUCGUUUCUACAUGUGGCUUUGACAACACGGUGGUAUCCGUGGUAACAUUAGUUGUUUUUUUUAUAUUACAGCAGUUUAACAUGAUAGGCGACCACCUCACGCAAAGGUUGAUUGCAAUAGUUGUUUUCGACAUUUAUGCGCGCAUAAUUCAAUAUCAUAAACGUCGACAACUGAACAAAGCCCGCCAAUGCGACGAGUCAUCGCGUGUAAUUAAAAAAAAUUUGUGAUUGAAUUUGGCAAGCUUUGUUCACGCGCCUAAAUCAAAACUACACUGUAUACGUCAAGGUCAAAAACAACUAUAAUUACUAUGAACCUUUUUGCGCGAGGUAGUCCCGUUCACGUAAACUGUUGUAAUAGUGGAUUGUGUUGCCACUCAAUUCACACAAUAUAUCAUUUAAAUUUUUGGUUAAACUUACGGUUACCUUUGUUCCGUUCUGCUCACGUAUCAGGACAAUGGUAACUAGGUUUAUAAAAUAACAUGUAUAUAACGCGUGCUCUGAUUGGUCGAAUCCCGUGUUUGGAUCAGGCCAUCCAAACACGGAAAUUUAAAGUGAAAGUUUUUUAAAGUGAAAUUUUAACACGGAAAGUUGUUAUUUUAUAAAAUAAUUACUUUAUGGUUUCCGUGUUUGGAUGGCCUGAUCCAAACACUUGGGAAUAUUGCUCGAGUUAAGAAAAGCGCGCAAAAUCACUCGCCUUCGGCUCGUGUUUCGCGCGCUUUUUUAACUCUCGCAACAUUCCCGCGUGUUUCGAUCAGGCCAUCCAAACACGGAAGCCAUAAAGUAAUUGUAUAAUGUGAGGUAUAAGAAAAUGUGAUUUGGGUGGCAACAUGUACAUAUUAUGCGUUAGCUGACUAGGUCUACUUUUCAUAAAGGUCGAGAAAAGGCUGUGUCCCCAGAUAUAUUAAACGAUAUUUACAAAUGAAUUUAGAAGUACGAUGAAACAUUUCUCUGAUGUUAUUUACCCUGGGUAUGUUUGUUAGUCUUCUUAUAAAAAUACUGUAAACCUAAAAAACCAUCGUGAAUAGUUUCAAUUUCUCCCUCAAAGUCAACUUUUCUGUGGCCUUUACUUUGACUUUCUUUUGCUUCAACUUCAAAAGUAAUGUUUAUCCUACAAUAUGGCUUUCGCCGAAUGCAUUUCAAAUAUCGGCUCUUGUCCUGGCUCGAUGAUGCACGCACAGAACACGCUGGAGUGCUUGAAAGGUCUGUACUCGCAAUUCCGUACAAUCUCCCAGAAGCAUACUAGACAUUUAACGCUUGCUUCGUUUACGAUUGUCUGCGUCCCUGAGGAAAAAUAACGGAUUGUCAAGACAUUACGACGUUCAAACUACUAUGUAUUUAUACUGGAUACCUCUAUCAGUUCUAAACUGGGUAAAACAGCAGUACUAAUCAGGGUUCGUACAUGUCAGGAAGAGUCAAAUUCAAGGACUUUUCAAGGACGUUCAAGGCCA